GCAAUCGUUCCCAUCCCAAAUCGCGUUCGCAAUAGAUUCCUUUCUUGUACAUUGUUCAGACGUCACACAAUGGCAACCUCAUCUCCCAGCCUAGCGACCUACCACCCUCUCCAACGCCUCGCAUCUCCCUCCCGAGGCGUGUCAGCCGUGAUCCAUCUUAUGGGCAUCGUCUCCUUCACCCUCUCCUACAAAUACCUCAUCGACUUCCCAACGCAUAUCAACGACUCCUAUGGCUGGCACUGGCAACACCUGACGAUCCUUGGCCUCACCGUCGCGUACGCAACCUUCGUAGUCGGCUUGCUCGCCGACUUGACACUCUCCCCCAAGUUCUUCUUGAUCAAGAACACGCUUUCACUCUGCAGCGCGCCGCUGGAAGUCUUGAUCAGUAUCUUGUAUUGGGGACUAUGUGCGAUUGAUAGGGGCUUGGUCGUUCCGCCCGAGAUCCAUCUUGCUCCACUGGCAGAUGUUGGCUUCCAUGCUGCGCCGUCGAUAUUAUUGGUGAUCGAUUUAUUGUUUCUGAGCCCGCCGUGGACGAUAAAUGCGCUGCCCGCCAUGGGAUUGAGUUCCGCGAUCGCGGUGGCAUAUUGGGCUUGGGUGGAGCAAUGUUACAAGCAUAACGGAUUUUACCCUUAUCCUUUGUUUGAGGUUUUAGAUACGCCUAGAAGGAUUUUACUGUUUGCGGGUGCGGCUGCUAUGAUGACUGGGAGCACGAUUAUGCUUCGAUGGCUUUAUAGGAAGGUCAAUCGCUUGUCAGCUAGAGAAAAGAGAAGUGUGCCAGGGAAUGUGAAGGGUGAAUAGAUGCAUGUGGGUGUUAGACUUAGAGAACUAGAAAACACAAAUCCCGUUCCCGCAUAAAGAACAUCUCGCC